CGGGGGAAAGUAACCGAAGCGGGGUUCAGAGGAGAGCCGGGCAGACCCAGAGGCAUCGAAUAGGCAUCCGUCCAGAGCAGCGAUGAGGACAAGCUGAAAUCAACAAGGCCAGGAAGCGAGCAGGACUGAUGAUUAAGAGGCAGUUGCUAUAGUGACGCACUGGCAAGGGACCAUAAGAUAAGCCUGUAAUGGGUCUCUUGGCGCAGCUGGGAGUUUUGCUAUGGAAGAACUUCAUCCUUCGAAGGAGACAAAAGGUGCGCCUGGUAGUCGAACUUAUCUGGCCCCUCUUCCUGUUCUUUAUCCUCGUCUGGGUGCGCUCCACAAAUCAACCCAUCUACCAAGGACAGUGUCAUUACCGCAAUAAAGCCAUGCCUUCGGCUGGUAUAUUGCCAUGGCUACAAGGAAUGAUAUGCAAUAUUGAGAACCCCUGUCUGAGCUCUCCUACUCCAGGGGAAACACCGGGAGAGGUCAACAAUUUCAACUCAUCCCUCCUCAGCAUGGCACUGCGCGAAUUCCAGUCACUGGUGCUGAAUACAACAGCGCUUAACAAAUAUCAGAGGAUCUCCGAAGACCUGCAGCAGUGGCUUUGGUUAAUGCACAAUGCCAGCGCCGAAAGUGUUCAGCCGUUUUCUCUGAAGAGCGUUCUGAAGGACAACGAGACUUUCACCGCCUAUCUGAGGGAGAAUCUGGCGGUCCCAUCCUCUUCUGUAGAGACCAUAAUGGCCACACGAAUUCAGCCCAACAAGGUGCUGGCCUUAAGCGAGCGGGCGGACCUGAAGUCCAUCUUCUGCAACGACUCAGUCCUCAAGCGGUAUGCAGAGUUCAAUUCCUCCGCCGCCGGGGACGUCUUCCGGAACAUCACCUGCUCCCGCUCGGACGUUCAGCUCCGGGGAGCGCGGGACGUCUUCCGACAGAACGUCAACGGCGAGAAGCUGGCUGCAAAGCUCUCUCCUGGAUUGGACCCUGGUCAAGCAUCUGAGAUUCUUCGGAAAAUCGCAGCCAAUAUUUCACCAAUAUUAUCAGAGCUAUCCACAUUUCAGCAAUCAGCCCUAUUCAACCUUGCUGGUUCGUUAGACUUCAGAAGAAACAUGUUUGGGACCAUGAAUCAGUUGUUUUGUGGGACACAAGCUGAGACAAAUUCGACAAGUGCAACAAUGUCUCGUCCUUCUAUAUGGUUUUCCCUGAACAGCACAAAUGAAAACAGGACACUGACGGAUACUGAGAAAAAUAACACUGCCUUUUGCCAAACCCUGAAUGCCACCCUGCAGAGCGUUCCCGCCCUCCGGUACGUGUGGAAGACCUUCCGGCCGCUGCUGCAGGGCAAGCUGGUCUACAGCCCGGACACGCCGGUGACGCGGCUCCUGGUGGAGGAGGCCAACGGAACUUUCAAAGCGCUGGGCAUGUUGAAAGAGCUGAGCGACGCCUGGGAGGCGCAGGGACCAAAGAUCUGGGAUUUCAUGCAGGACAGCCGGCAGAUGAACUCCCUGCGGGGCCUGCUGCAGAACCCCGCAUUCACCGCAGCACUGAACCCACAGCUGAGCCGGGCCCACUUCACCACAGAGGCGCUGGCCAACUUCCUGUACAUCGGGCCCCCUGAAGACCGUCCCCCGGGCAUGCCGGCCUACGACUGGAGGAACGCCUUCAACAGCACCAGCGAGGCCCUCCGCAUGCUCGCGCAGUUUGUGGGGUGCUUUGACCUUGAUAAGUUUGAGGCCGUCGCUGAUGAGGGCCGCCUGGUAUCCAGGUCCCGGAAGCUAAUUGACGAAAACAAGUUCUGGGCAGGAAUCGCAUUCCUGGAUAUUGACCCUCAAUCCAGCCAACCUCCGCCGUUAGUGAAGUACAAAAUAAGGAUGGACAUUGAGGACGUUGAGAGGACCAACAAAGUGAAGGAGAGGCUCUGGUUCCCGGGGGCCCGUGCCCACCCCUUCAAUGACCUUCGUUACGUGCUGGGGGGUUUCGCCUAUCUGCAGGACAUGCUGGACCAUGGCAUCAUCCGAGCCCACACUUCUGCAUCCCAACCCCUAGGGGUGUUUCUUCAGCAAAUGCCCUAUCCAUGCUACGUCAAUGACGCCUUCAUCUCCAGUAUCGGGGGCAUCCUGCCCAUGUUCCUGGUGCUGGCCUUCAUGUUCUCGGUGUGCCUGACCAUCAAGGGCUUGGUGCUGGAGAAGGAGCUACGCCUGAAGGAGGUGCUUCGGGCUGUGGGAGUGCGCAAUGGCGCCCUCUGGUGCGCCUGGUUCAUCGAGAACAUGACGCUGCUCGCCGUGCCUUGUGCGCUUCUAAGCGUCUUGGCAAAGUACGGAAAGGUCCUGCAGUACAGCGACCCAUCGGUCAUCUUCGUGUUCCUGCUGACCUUCUGCAUCACCACCGUCAUGGAGUGCUUCUUCAUCAGCGUGUUCUUCUCCAAAGCCAACCUGGCCGCCGCCUGCGGCGGGCUCAUCUACUUCGUGCUCUAUCUGCCGCACAUCCUCUGCUAUGCCUGGCGCGACGUCAUGAGCUUCCGGGUGAAGAUAUUGGUGAGCCUUCUGUCCAGUGUGGCCUUCGGUUUUGGCUGCGAGAACUUCUCCCGCUACGAGGAACAGGGCGUGGGCAUUCAGUGGAGCAACAUCAGUAAGAGCCCUGAGGAUGACGAGCGUUACAGUUUUGUGGUUUCCAUCAUCAUGAUGCUUGUCGAUUCCCUCAUCUACUGGGUGCUGACCUGGUACAUCGAGAACGUAUUCCCAGGCCAGUACGGAAUACCCAAGCCCUGGUAUUUUCCCUUCACGUCCUCUUACUGGUGCGGAACAUCCUCAGACUUUGAUACCGACCAAGAUCCACCAAAGGACCCUGAGCAGCACAAUGCUUAUCUAGAAAAGCCCCCUUCAAAUCUGAAAGUCGGAGUCUCUGUCAGAAACCUCGUGAAAGUCUAUAAAACUGGAAAGAAGCUGGCAGUGGACGGGCUCAGCGUGGACUUUUACGAGGACCAGAUAACUUCAUUUCUUGGACAUAACGGAGCUGGGAAGACAACCACCAUGUCUAUCUUGACCGGACUUUUUGCACCAACGUCCGGAACAGCUUUAAUAAACGGGAAGGACAUUCGCACGGAUAUGGAUGCCAUCAGAAAGCAUCUAGGAAUGUGUCCUCAGCACAAUGUGCUGUUCAAAGACCUGACCGUAGAAGAACACAUCUAUUUCUAUGCACGGCUCAAAGGCAGGAGCGCAAGCGAGGUGGCGGCCGAGAUGGAGCAGAUGAUCAAGGACGUCGGACUGCCACACAAACGCAAAGACCUGGCCAAAAACCUGUCAGGGGGGAUGCAGAGGAAGCUAUCAGUGGCCAUCGCUUUUGUGGGGGGAUCUAACAUUGUCAUCCUGGAUGAACCCACGGCAGGCGUGGACCCCUACGCUCGUAGGGGAAUAUGGGAGCUGUUGCUGAAGUACAAAUCAGGACGCACCAUUAUCCUCUCGACCCACCACAUGGAUGAGGCCGACAUCCUGGGGGAUCGGAUCGCCAUCAUCUCCCAUGGCCGACUCUGCUGCUGCGGCUCCUCACUCUUCCUCAAGAAGUGCUUCGGCAGUGGGUACUACCUCACGCUGGUUAAGGCGGGCCAGAAGAGCAUGUCCAUAAGGCACCAGGAUCUCCCUCAGAGUCAGGUGGAACAGAAGAUCAACCCAGCCCGGGGCGGCAGCGUAGACGAGGGCAUCGGGAGUCGAAAGUCGAUCAGCUCCUGCCUCGCAGGAGAAGCUCCUGGUGCGAGCAGCAUCACCCUCCUACUGCACGAGCACAUCCCGGCAGCUGUCCUAUUGGAAUGCAUUGGACAGGAAGUGACCUACAUCUUGCCCUACGCGGCCGCCCACGAUGGCACUAUCGCCUCACUGCUCAAGGAGCUCGACCUGGAGAUGACUACCCUUGGUGUGACCAGUUAUGGGAUCUCCGACACCACACUGGAGGAGAUUUUCCUAAAAGUGGCUGAAGAAACAGGAGUAGAUGUAGAGUUAGCAGAUAAAAAGGGUCCAUUCGUUAGGGACUGGAAGAGAAGCUCAAGAGAAUCCAGACGUCACAGUAUAGCCAACGCCAGAGUCUCAACAGAGACUGUUGCCGGAACAGCUGCUCUUCCUUCUGCCGUGUGCUCCGCUGACCCAGAGGGGAAAGACAAGUUCGCGAACAGGGUCGAAGACUCGACGAGAGUGGCUAGCGCCGACGGGAAGGGAUCCUACGCCAUCACCGGAGGGGAGCUGAUACGGAGGCAGUUUCUGGCGCUCUUCAUCAAACGGUUCCACCACGCCCGGCGGAGCCGCAAGGGCCUCGUGGCACAGGUGGUGCUGCCCGCCGUUUUUGUGUGCCUCUCUCUCAUCUUCUCGCUCAUCGUCCCCCCCUUCAUGGAGUACCCGAGCCUGGAGCUACAUCCAUGGAUUUACGGAGUGCCACAGAACACCUUCUACAGCAAUGAUGCCCCAGACCACUUGGAAGCCUCUCGUGUGGUAGAUUCCCUGGUGAAUACCCCAGGAUUUGGGACCCGCUGCAUGAAAAAUGACCCCCUGCCGAAACUGCCCUGUUCCUCCAACGGAUCAGACUGGUUCACCCCUUCUGUGCCCCCGUCAGUCUCAGAAAUCUUCGCCAAUGGCAACUGGUCGAUGUCCAACCCCUCCCCGCCAUGUCAGUGCAGCACCCCGAGCAGAACAAUCAUGCUGCCAGACUGCCCUCCAGGGGCCGGUGGUCUGCCCCCGCCUCAGAGGCUACAGAACACUACUGAUACCCUUCAGAAUUUGACCGGGAUGAACAUGACUGACUUUCUGCUGAAGACCUAUGAGAAAUCUGGCAAAAUAAGGUAUGGGGGAAUUUCAGUCGGUGGUGUCAACUCGCAGGUCCAGAUGAAUGAAACAGAGAUUGGCACGGCUCUAAGACGGCUGGGCAAUGUUUUUAAUUCCCAGUCUCUGGGAAAUGAAAUUGAUCACAUUCUUCAGAAGGCAGGAACCUUCUUGAAACAACUUGGGACAAAGGAUAAUAUCAAGGUGUGGUUCUACAACCAGGGCUGGCAUUCCAUGGUGUCUUUCAUCAACGUGGCCAACAAUGGCAUCCUGCGGGGCAACCUGGACCAGAAGCGGCAGAACCCCAGAGAGUAUGGGAUCUCCGUCUUCAACCACCCCCUCAACUUGACCAAGGAGCAGCUCUCGUUUGUCGCUAUAGCCACGACCUCCACGGACGUGGUGGUGUCUAUCUGCGUGAUCUUCGCCAUGUCCUUCAUCCCGGCCAGUUUUGUGCUCUUCCUCAUCCAGGAGCGUGUCACCAAGGCGAAGCACCUUCAGUUCGUCAGCGGGAUCAACCCGGUGGUGUACUGGGUGGCCAGCUUCGCCUGGGACAUGUGUAACUACAUAGUCCCAUGUCUGAUAGUGAUCAUCAUCUUCUUGAGCUUCCAACAAAAAGCCUACGUCUCCCCAGCGAACCUCCCCGCCCUCAUCCUUCUGCUUGCCCUCUAUGGCUGGUCCAUCACUCCCAUGAUGUACCCUGCGUCGUUUGUGUUCAACGUGCCCAGCACGGCUUACGUGGUCCUCACCUGCAUCAACCUCUUCAUCGGCAUUAAUGGCAGCGUGGCCACCUUUGUCAUGGAGAUGUUUGACGAUGAGAACAUUUCCCGUAUCAACGACAUUGUGAAGCAGGUUCUCUUGAUCUUCCCACACUUUUGCCUUGGAAGGGGGCUCAUCGAUAUGGCCAAGAACCAGGCCAUGGCGACACUGUUUAUCAGUUUCGGAGAGGAUCGCUUCCAGAAUCCUCUCAGCUGGGCCAUGGUGGGCAAGAACCUGUGUGCCAUGGCCAUCCAGGGCAUCCUGAUGUUCACUCUGACGCUCCUCAUCCAGUACAAGUUCUUCUUCAAACCCAGGCUGGUGAAGGUGGGGCAGCAGAGGGCAGAGCAAGAGGACAUGGACGUGGCAGCAGAGCGGCUGCGUGUGCGCCAGGGGGGAGCCCGGACUGACCUUCUGAGAGUGUGUGAUCUAACGAAGAUCUACCGCGGAAAGAAGAGGCCAGCGGUGGAUGGGAUAUGCAUGGGGGUACCUACUGCUGAGUGCUUUGGUUUGUUGGGUAUAAAUGGAGCUGGAAAAACGACCACAUUCAAGAUGCUGACGGGGGACAUCGCAGUCUCCAGCGGAGAUGCCUUCUUGAACGGUUACAGUAUCCGUACACAGAUGACAGACGUCCAUCAGAACAUGGGUUACUGCCCACAGUUUGACGCCAUAGAUGAUCUUCUGACUGGCCAGGAGCACCUGGAGUUUUAUGCACGCAUUCGUGGAGUACCAGAGAAGGAAGUUAAAAUGGUGGCCAAGUGGGGCAUUCAGAAGCUCGGCUUGGUGAAGUACUCAAAUAAGUCCGCCGGGACCUACAGCGGAGGCAACAAGCGCAAGCUGUCCACCGCCAUGGCGCUGAUAGGGUGCCCCCCAGUGGUCUUUCUGGAUGAGCCCACUACGGGGAUGGACCCCAAGGCCCGCCGCUUCCUCUGGAACUGUAUCCUCAGCGUGAUCAAGGAGGGCCGGUCUGUCAUCCUCACUUCUCACAGCAUGGAGGAGUGUGAGGCUCUGUGCACACGCAUGGCCAUCAUGGUCAACGGCCGCUUUAAGUGCCUGGGCAGCAUCCAGCACCUGAAGAGCAGGUUUGGUGAUGGGUACACGGUCAUCGUGAGAGUGGGUGGGGUGCCUCCAGCCUUGGCCCCUGUGGAGGAGUUUGUGAAGGACACCUUUGCAGGAAGCAUGCUGAAGGAGAAGCAUCACAACACCCUGCAGUACCAGCUGCCAUGUACAGAGGGCGCCCUGGCUACCAUCUUCAGCCAGUUAACGCAUCAUCGGGAGCGCCUGGGAAUCGAUGACUACUCUGUGUCCCAGACCACACUAGACCAGGUCUUCGUCAACUUUGCCCAGCACCAGCACGAGGAGGAAGAGGACCGGUUCGCCUACAGCAACCCCGUAGAGGUGACGUCAGAGGAAAUGCCAAUGAAAAGCAUGGAAUCCCCACUGCCUGCAGUGCAGGGUUGAAGCCGAAGGGUGCUCACCCUGCGUU